UACGGUCCGAUGCGUCAUGGGACGGACGAACAAAGUGUUCAGAGCUGCCGACUGCGGAGAACCAUGGACGCGCAGGAAGUCGACUCGUAUGACCACCUCUUCAAGCUGCUGCUUGUGGGCGACGCUGGCGUCGGCAAGAGCAGCAUGCUCUUGCGCUUUACCGAAGACACGUUCGACGACCAUCUACAGAGCACGAUCGGCGUCGACUUCAAGGUCAAGAUGAUGCAGGUGGACGGGAAGCGCAUCAAGAUGACGAUCUGGGACACGGCGGGCCAAGAGCGCUUCCGCACGCUCACGAGCUCGUACUACCGCGGCGCGCAGGGCGUCAUCUUGGUCUAUGACGUGGCCCGCAAGGAAACCUUCGAGAACCUCGGCACGUGGCUGCAAGAGGUCGAGGUGUACAGCCCAUCCAACGGCCGCGACGUGGUCAAGCUUCUCGUCGGCAACAAGAUCGACAAGGAGCGCGUCGUGUCGCGUCAGGAAGGCGAGGCGUGGGCUCGCUCCAAGGGCAUGCUCUUUGUCGAGAGCAGCGCCAAGACCAAGAUUGGCAUCCAGCAAGUCUUUAACGAAGUCGUUCAAAAGAUCCUCGACAACCCGGCGCUGCUUGCCAACACGGCGCCGCGCAGCCGCGCCAAGAAGGUCAACCUCUCGGCCGACAAGUACUCGGCCAAUGCCAACGCCGGUGGUGGCUGCUGCUAAGUCGAUGGCGUGUCUUGCCGCAGCGGAUGGCACCUCGGGCGGUACUAUUUCAUAUUACUUUUACUACUACUACUACUACUACGACAACAAACACGGUCCGAUCACUUCA